GUAAACGAUAUCACAUAUAUAUACAACCCAGGGCUACUGCCUUUUUGGAUACAAGAGGAGGUUUGGCGGAGCCUUUGUUGUUGGGUUUUAUCAGCUAGCCCAACGCUUCUUCUUUAUGGUCGACAUGGGACGGCAGAUACCAGGGGUUAUGGGGUUCGAUGGCCGCGUCGGGCUGGUUACAGGCCACCCCAGAAACGCAGGGGAUUCAACAUUCGUUACUAAGGCGUUUCUGAGGGGUCUGGAGUUGGGGCAACGAUGAACGGCCACGUUUACGCCCCAAAUGAGUGGAGUUUGGAUAUGAGGACUCGCGGGUCGACUCUUGGAGACUUUACGUUUACGUUUAUGAUUGAGUACGUGGGGGAUAUAUAUAUCACAACAUUUACGUUGGGGCACUGUAUACGAAUCUGCCUCUGUUUUUACCUCGCUUCGAUUUCGGCGUCGUUUCUUGGUAUGGGCUUGUAUUCUACAGAGUUUAGGACAGCUCCUCUUUCAACACGGCGGCGGCCCGGCUUUUCGGGCAAUGAUUUGAGUUCCUGCAUAAGUCGCGUGUCAGUGUCGGUUAUGUGGUACCACAAGAUGAAAUGGGUUGGUUAUGGAAGCCAUGGGAGUUGUGACACCGACUCGGGCGCCGGCUUUUUGUGUGACGAACGGCCUUCUCGCCGAGUCACUACUCCGGGUCUGUCACUCCCAAGCUACAAAACGGCAAUCUCUCAUCCCCCCCAACACAGAAAGGGGAAUAAGACAGCAUGAGACAUGUUGAUUAGUCUUAGGUUUUUCAUCU